AUGAUACUCUUCAUGAUAAGCCUUAGUACUCUUUCUAAGCGUCACCUUCGAACAGCAGUUCAACCACAGAAAUUGGCAUUACCCAAGGAGAGGAGGAACCCUUACCUACUUCACCAAAUGAAACGGACCAUCCUUCAGUACCAUGUGCGAUGCCUCCCUUCCAUGAAUUCACGGAAGACUAUGGUCAUCCUAGAAGCAGAUCUACAGCCAGUCAGCCUCAGCUGCUUAGUUUAA